AUGGAGUCUUCUCUAUAUGCGUUUAUAUCGGACGUGGCUAGACGACAGUCCGCUGAGGGGAUAGGCAAGCCUUCUGGUGCCGUUACCGACGACUAUCCGUAUUCGCCCCUCCAGCAUGGCGGUUUAUUCAUACUGUUCUUUUUCCCGGCCAUCGCAUUUAUCGUCGUGGGACUUAGAGUUUAUGGGAGAGUAAGAAGCAGGCAGUUUGGCUGGGACGAUGGCCUAGCAUGCAUGGCUAUGAUAUUCUCGAUCGCGGAGACGGGGUGUUCCUAUAUGGCCAUGCGAACGGCAUUCUUAGGAGUCCACGUCUACGAUAUUCCGAUGACCGCCGAUGUUAGCCUUGGGAUGUAUUGGAACUAUGUUAUACAGAUCCUGUAUAACCCGAUACUCGCGCUCGUCAAGUGCUCCGUGUUGAUGUUCCUCCUACGAAUAGGGGGGCAAAGGCGACAGAUCAGAUAUUCGAUUCACGCCCUUAAUAUAUUCACCCUCGGAUUGAUGAUCGCAAUCUUCGUGACCGCGAUCUUUCAGUGCUCUCCAAUCCCAUAUUUCUGGGAACGUAUUACCAAUCCAACGAUGCCGGGAAAGUGUAUCGAUACGGGGAUAUUCUAUGUGGCGACUGCAGCAUUGACGAUAUUCACUGAUGUGCUCGUUCUGGCCCUCCCUUUCUGGAUAUUCAUGGGAUUGAAAAUGGCCCCCAAGAUCAAGUUCGCCAUAAUGGUUGUGUUCUUACUGGGAGCCGUUGUUACUGUGGUUAGUAUUCUCCGGAUGCUAUGGAUCAUUGAGACUUCGCUCUACCCGAUGAAAUACGACUACUCGUACGAUAUUCGAUUUACCUAUUCCGCCGUCGAAACGAACUUAGCAAUAAUCACGGCAUCGGGACCAGCACUACGACCCCUAUUUAUGGUUUGGUUCCCUCGGUUCUUCUCCUCUCUCCGUGGAACUUCGAACCAGAACUACCGUUACCGGGACGGGCCUUACGCGUUGAAUGAUACGGGAAAUGCCAAUAAAUCUAGCGGAAACGGAAACGGAAACAGCUCCAAAGGAGACCAUCUCUAUGGCACAUCGUCCUUUGCUCUUAGAGACAUGAAGAGGCGGACAGAGAUACGGAGUCACUCGCCGACAACCAGCGAAGAAGAAAUCAUGACGUACAAUGGUAUUGUACGAACAACAGAGGUUGAUAUUCAGUUUGUUGCACGACCCUUGUCGGCUCAUCAGGUACAAUGA